UUUGUAUUCUAAUGUUUGCGCUUUUUGGGUGGCAGGAGGGGGCUCAGUUUCCGGUUUUCUCAGCACAGCCUGUCUGCAUUACCAGGGAGGAAAAAAAUGAAAACAUCCACGUCUGUGUCACUACAGUCAGUCGGCGUUCAUACCACUUUGUUUUAACUCUCUUCAUCCGUAGAUGCUUUCAGUAAAUUUCUCUCUGUAAUAACGAAAAAUGUGCACCAUGUGUAUUUUUGCUUUUCGUGGAGGAGUUCGCGGAGUGCGCAUGGGGUUGCCACUCGGUAGCCGACGUCAACGUUAGCUUUGGCAUAGCUGCUCGGCCCACUAAUAUCCACGCAAGACAUUUCUGUUCAGGCUCAGCAACAUGAAUUUGGUCCGUCUAGUCUGCCGCCACAAGACCGCCCUGGUUCUCUGCACCGUGUGCAUCUUUGCUGUGGUUCUCGUCUUCUUGGCCAAAUGUACCUCCGAAACACUGAAGCAGGGUCAUGCAGAUCCACCAGGCUUAGCCCCCCGUGCCAGUGCUUUACUUCCCCGUCUACAACCUCACGACCAAUCCUCUUCCUCCUCCAAGGACUUGUCGGCAUUCCUCGUGGUCCUCAUCACCACGGGGCCCAAGUACACCGAGCGGAGAAGUAUCAUACGGAGCACGUGGCUGGCCAAGCGGGACUCUGAUGUUCUGGCUACGUUUGUUGUAGGGACUCAGGGACUUUCAAAUGAAGACCUUCAGAAUCUGAACACAGAACAAGGACGACACAAGGAUCUUCUCCUUCUCCCUGAUUUGAAAGAUUCUUAUGAGAACUUGACCAUGAAGCUGCUGCACAUGUACUCCUGGCUGGACCAGAACGUGGCGUUCAAGUUUGUGCUCAAAGCAGAUGAUGAUACAUUCGCUCGUUUGGAUCUCCUUAAGGAGGAGCUGCGGGCAAAGGAACCCACUCGUUUGUACUGGGGCUUCUUCUCCGGCCGAGGACGAGUCAAGGCGGCCGGGAAGUGGCGGGAAAGCACUUGGGAACUUUGUGACUACUACCUUCCGUACGCGCUGGGCGGCGGCUACGUCCUGUCAUCGGACCUGGUACGAUACGUGCAUCUCAACGCGGGGUACUUAAAGAUGUGGCAGAGCGAGGACGUGUCAUUGGGCGCCUGGCUGGCGCCGGUGGACGUCAGGCGGACGCACGACCCGCGUUUUGACACCGAGUAUAAGUCCCGCGGUUGCAACAACAAGUACUUGGUGACGCAUAAGCAAAGUCUGGAGGACAUGCUGGAGAAGCACCAGACGCUGCAGCGGGAGGGGAGGCUCUGUAAGGAGGAAGUCAAGUUGCGACUGUCGUAUGUUUACGACUGGAGUGUGCCCCCGUCACAGUGCUGCCAGAGGAAGGAGGGCAUUCCUUAAUUUCUCUUUCCUUUGCGCUUCGGAAUACUUUUUUUCCUCAUUUUGUUUACACUACAAGAUCAACUUAAAAUAGUCAAGCUUGGAUUUAAUAAAAAAAAAAUAAAAUUUAGAACAAAAUUCAUAUUUUGAACUGUGCAGUUGAGCCCAAAUGCAGCUGUUGUCAUCAAUACCGUUCACAGCCACUAGGGGGCAUAUUUGCAUGUCUGGUAAUUGAAUUGCUAAGAUAUGCUGUGAUGCACUAACCCAGGGGUGGGCAAACUUUUUCACUCGCGGGCCGCAUUGAUAUAACUAAAUUUCCAGGGGGGGGCAGACUAUAUAUUUUACACGUAACAGUCCACCUGGUAUUAUUGUAUCUGUAAAAUUGUCAUGCAAUCUGCUAUUAUUAUUUAUUAUUUUAUAUUUAUAUUUAAAUAUUUUAAAAAUAAUAAAAUAUUAUAAUAAUUAAAAUAAAAUUAAAAUAAUAAUAAGUAUAUAUAUUAUAUAUUAUAAUAAUUAUAAUAAUAAUUAUAUAUAUAUAUGUAAAAUAUGCAAAUAUAACAAUAUUAUUAUAUAUAAUUAAUAUAAUAAUUAGCAUUAAUAUAAUAAAUAUAAUAAUCAUAAUAGUAUGUAUGUUGAGUUUAAAUUAAAUACUUUUGAAAGAUUGGGCGGGCCGUAUUCAAACACUUGGCGGGCCGGAUGUGGCCCCCGGGCCGUAGUUUGCCCACCCCUGCACUAACCCAUGUUCUACAGAUUUGAGCUCGUUUCUUUCUUUGGGUUCUCUGCAGAAGACCCGUUUCACGUAUCUAAUCUAGUACCAAAAGUAUGUAAUGACGCGGUGUUGUACAGAAGUAGCCAUUUUGUCUCUGAAUUACAAGCCUUCUUCUGCCUUGUGACCUUUUUUAACCUUUUGGCCUUGUCAUGUCCGUUUUGUCUUUUUGAUGGCAACGUCUCUUAUUGUCUCCUAUUAAACCUAAUCCCUAGCAUUUAUACACGUUUUAUUAUUUUAGGGGUUUAAUGCAGCGUGGUAGGAUAUUUUUAUCUGCCGUUAUAUUUUGUAUAUUUGUGAAAGCGGUUGUAUUUAUUAAUUUAUUAUGCAGUAAGCACACUGGUUGUCAUGCCGGGGAUAGAUUGAGCCACAGUGGAAUUGCAUUUACCGAUAUUAUAUGUUCUGUUUAUAAUGAAUGGUACGCAAGUUUUCCCAAAAGUGGGAUUUGCACAGAAUGUGAAAGGGAAAAUGACUGAAUGUGUUUUGUCAGCAGGACUUCCUGUUUCUCACGUGCCGGCAAAUAUGAUCAGCUUGCGUUUACUUUACAGUUCUGUGCAUCAGUGUUGCAAUUCAGAUUCUGCGUUUUAACCACAAUCUAUGAUUUGUAUUACUUUGUGUUCUUCAAGCUCAACUCGCUGUGUGAUGUCACUAAGCAUGUGGAGCUAAAAACAUCGAUAUAAAUGUUCCAGGACCGAUUGCCGCAUUGGAAAACGUGUAUUUUGCAAUCAUGCGGACAAUGGGAGCUACUGUUUAGACCAGGGGUCAGCAACCUACGGCUCCAGAGCCGCAUGUGGCUCUUCAGCCUCUUUGUUGUGGCUCCCUUUGCAAUGCUCAAAUAUUUGUUUUAACACCCAAAUGAGGAAAAUAUGCAUCUUUGUAAUUACUUUUGAAAAAAAUGGGACUUUCUGUGAGACCGUAUACUAGCAAGAGUACUUGAUCAACUCCGCUUUUUCUCCUCUGAACUACUUUGAUACCCCAAAAUUCCCUCCAAAUCUGGCAGUCAAUCAAAAUCUUGGGAGACUCGCAAUUUGCUCUGGAUGUGAGCAUGUUGCUACACAUUUCUUGCACGGGGAGAACAUGCAAACUCCACACAGAGAUAGCCGAGGGUGGGAUUGAACUCGGGUCUCCUAGCUGUGAGGUCUGCGCGCUAAUCACUCGACCGCUAUGCAGCCCCUAUAUUCUGCUGUUAAAUUAUGUUUCGCGGCUCCAUUCUAUUUUUCUUCAGUGAGCGAGGGGGUAAAAUGGCUCUUUUGAUAGUAAAGGUUGCCGACCCCUGGUUUAGACUAAUGAUUCUCAAUGGUGGGUCGGCACCCAAAAGUGGGUCACGCAGCCGUUUUCAGUGUUGCAUGUCUACGCCUGUGCAAAAAAAAAAAAAAUGUAAUUAAUGACCUGAUGUCCUUGAAUGCACCUCACGUUUUUUUUGCUUAUUACGCCAUGUGUGCACCAUGGAUGGAUGUGUGAGAAUUCAAGGUCGUUGAGCUGUGAUGUUGGGUCAUGCAGUCAAACCAGUUGAGAAUCACUAGUUUAGACCAUCAGAUGGGGACUUUUGGAACUGGUUACGUUUCUGUGUUUUUGACUUUUUGUCCAAAGUGAACCUCCCUGGAUGUAUUACUGUAUUAAAACUUGCUAUUGAUUGA